CUACGUGAAGCAUUGAAACAAAACCGUUGCCUGAUCACUGACGAGGGAAGGAAAGUUAGGCAAUGUACAAUACCUCCACUGCUAAACAUCUUCACGGACCAAGUGUGGCGCUAACAGCAGGGAAGAUCUGGUAGUGGUCAGAAGCGGCGAAGACUGUUGUGGUAAUAGCCUACGUUCUCCUGGCAAAAUGGUUCUGUCAAUGCGGGAAUGUAAUCAGACUGCGAAGUAACAUUUCUAUGACAGACGGCAAUAAUUGACCAGGGGGCUGCCGCGCUUUUCCUGUGGUAACCUGGAUUCUCGAGGCUAUAUGGAGGGGAUGUCGGAAUGGCUUGCACGAGGAGAACCAAGACUUUGGUGUCAACAUGUGUUAUCUUGAGCGGAAUGACCAACAUUGCUUGUCUUCUAUAUGUAGGAUGGGUUACCAAUUACCUUGCGAAUGUGUACAUCAAAGUUCCCGAACCUGUUCCGGAGAAAAAGUUGGAGGAGGACAACAAAGGGGAAACUUUGAGGAUUAUCGAACGACUUGAUCGACUCGAGAAUGUUGUCAACCAGCACAUACAAGAGACGCCUCCAAAGGCAGAUGAGAACACAGCGGCAGAGUCUUUCUCGGACUCAUCGCUGUUCUCCCGCUGGGGUCAGGACCUGAGCCCUGAGACCCGACGCGUUGCACUGAAGAAGUUCCAGUACUACGGAUACAACAGCUACCUCAGUGACCGGCUUGCCCUGGACCGGCCCAUCCCUGACCUGAGGCCUGAUGGGUGCAAAAACAGCUCGUAUCCCCCAAACCUCCCACAGGUUAGCAUCGUGUUUAUUUUUGUAAACGAGGCGCUGUCCGUCAUCCUGCGCUCCGUCCACUCCGCCAUCCAAAGAACGCCCCCCCACCUCCUCAAAGAGUUCAUACUGGUGGAUGACAACAGCAGCAACGAGGAGCUGAAGGAGAAGCUGCAGGACUUUGUGGAUGAGACCAACAGGCAGCGGCCCGGCUUCAUCAAGGUGGUCCGUCACGCCAAGCAGGAGGGGCUGAUCCGCUCCCGGGUCAGCGGCUGGAGGGCUGCCACUGCCCCCGUGGUGGCUCUGUUCGAUGCCCACGUGGAGUUCAACAUCGGCUGGGCUGAACCUGUUCUGCAGAGAAUUAAGGAGGAUAGAACUCGAAUAAUAUCCCCAUCAUUUGACAACAUCAAAUAUGACACAUUUGAGAUCGAGGAGUACCCCCUGUCUGCACAGGGCUUUGACUGGGAGCUGUGGUGUCGCUACCUGAACCCGCCUAAAUCGUGGUGGAACCAGAAGAACAGCACUGUGCCCAUCAGGAGUCCAGCUCUUAUUGGCUGCUUCGUGGUGGACAGACAGUACUUUGAGGAAAUUGGUCUUCUGGAUGAAGGGAUGGAGGUGUACGGGGGUGAAAAUGUGGAGCUUGGUAUCAGGGUGUGGCAGUGUGGGGGCAGUGUGGAGGUGCUGCCUUGCGCCAGGAUUGCCCACAUUGAGCGUGCUCACAAGCCCUACACUGAGGACCUGACUGCCCACAUGCGCCGCAAUGCCCUGAGGGUGGCCGAGGUUUGGAUGGAUGAGUUCAAGAGUCACGUCUACAUGGCCUGGAACAUUCCGCAGAAAGACUCUGGAAUUGACAUCGGGGAUAUCUCUGAGAGAAAGGCCCUGAGAAAGAGGCUGCAGUGCAAAACAUUCCGCUGGUACCUCGUCAACAUUUACUCUGAGAUGAGGAUGUACAUGGACACCAUCGCCUACGGAGUGCUGAAGAACUCCCUGAAGAGUGACCUGUGUUUGGACCAGGGGCCUGACACUGACAACGUCCCCAUCCUCUACAUAUGUCACGGGAUGACCCCUCAGAAUGUGUACUACACCAGCACUCAGCAGUUACACAUUGGGGUCUUGAGCCCCACCAUCGAUGAUGACGACAACAAGUGCCUGGUGGAUGUGAACAGCAGGCCUCGCCUCAUUGAGUGCAGCUAUGCCAAAGCCAAGCGAAUGAAGCUCUACUGGCUCUUUACUCAGGGAGGUUCCAUCCAGAACAGGAAGUCGAAGCGAUGCCUGGAGCUGGUGGAAAGCGGCAAUAAUGAGUUUGGGUACCAGCUGGCCCUGCAGCAGUGCAGCGGACAGAGCUGGACCGUCACACACCUGCUGGCGGGCGGCGCGCUAUGACCCUGUUAGCACCAGCUUGCUGUGACCUGCCCACCUUCAGCACUGCUCCUGAGAGGACUACCAGAGACUCUAUUGCUUUGGCCUUUCACACUCCUUUUGCUGUUUUCAAGGAAAAAGGAGCUAAAGUCACAUCUGCUGUAUGGUGAUACUUUGGGCACUUUGGCAUCUCCCUCUUUCACCUGAAGAAAUAUUAAGAUAAAUGUCAGACAUUUUUACCGUAUUUGUGUCUUCACAAGUCGGCCACUAUUUGUUGAUUUCUAUACGCUGCAGUGUGGGAGGCUGAAACAUCAGAGUAUACAUUUUGCAGUUCCUUGGUUCUGUGUUGACUGGAUCCAGUACAAUCAUUAAUCUCUGAUAUAUACAAUCGUUAGGUCUUUGAUAUAUCUUUGCUACUGUGUAGCAAGUGUUUGCUAAAGCCGCUUUUCCACCGCAUGGUACCGGCUCAACUCGACUUGGCUCUACUCAAUUAUACUCGCUUUUGAUACCAGGUACUUAGUUUUCUACUGCAGAUAGUACCCCCGUCAAUGUAGCUGGUCGUCAUAGCGACGCCACAUGAAACUGCCGUGACGUCAUUUUCAACGCGACACACACAGGAACAAUGGAGGAUAUUGAAGGGAUGGUGUUCUUGAUUCUCGGAAUUUGGCUGUUGGUCGCAGCAAGGAGACACAUUUUGUUUCAGAAGAGGCUGGAGGCAGCAAGACAAAAGACUGCUUAGAAAAAACAGGAGAGUUUGGGAAAUCCAACAUCAGAGCUCAGACGACGAGAUGACUCUGGUUGCUCAUUAGCAUAAAAGGCGACGCAAGAGGGUGAGCUAACCUAGUGACAAUUCUCUCUGACCAAUCAGUGGUCUGCAGUGUUUUCACGUCACCUUUUGGUAUCGCCUCAGCUCGCUUGGAACCUCAACGGAGGUGAUACCAAAUGCAUGUAACCGUCCAGACCCACGGCGCAACUCACUUCCGCAAACACAUUUUAGCUGGCACCACCUGCGCAUGCGUCCCACAAAACAUCCCUCAAAGGUCGUCCGUGAGUGAGUGAGUGAGUGACCACAAUUUGCCAUGCAUAGCCCACGGCAGCAGUUCCUGCAUGCUGUGGGAAAAAAGGUACUAGGUACUAUCCACAACUUUUGCCGAUGGAAAACCAAAAAAGUUGAUUAGAGUCGAGUCGAGUUGAGCUGGUACCAUGCAGUGGAAAAGCAGCAUAAGUUUCCUGCUGUAUUUGUGCCCUCCUAGUGUCUCAGGUUUGUAGGUUAUGUUUAUUAAGAAAUCAAUCUGUACAGUUUUGAGCAAACGCAAUUAUGUUGAUAUGUCUCAGACUGAAGAUUUAAAACUAUUUUCUAAAUGUAAAAAAUUAAAAUAUUUAUAUCAGACAGUAAAAAAGUGCUGCAAAAUGCUUUUUCUUGUUUUUUGUCCACUGCAGCCAGUGAGCAGAUUCUAGAAAUGGCUUUUAAGAAAGAAUCUCACUUUUAAGGAAGGACCCCACUUCUUUUUAUGAGGUGAAACAAGGCACUUCAUAGGAAGGAUAAUAGCUCAGUGUGGUGUUUUUUUUUUUAGUUUUGUUAGAAAAUGUUCCAGUUCACAUUCAUUUUUUUUAAAGAGGAGAGUUGUGAAACAGAAGUGUAUAAAUGAGCAUUCAAGGGGGUCUGGCACUCCAUUUGUUGUGUUGAUUAACCUCUCAGCUUCAGCUGAGCUUCAGCACAAAUGUGAUUAUUUCUCCACUUUAGCUGCAGUCAGACUCAAUCCUCAUGAAAGGCCAGGGUCUUUUCUGUCUGGAAGUAAGUGCAGGAAGUAAAUGAGUGAGUGACCAAGCAAGGAAAACACAUUCUGCUUUCUGUUUUUAAAGCACAUUUUAUUUUGUUUUUUAAAACAUUCUGUUUUCUGUUCUUUAAAAAAAAAUGCUUUUGGUUUCCUGUCCUUUAAAAUUACCUAUUGCAUACAGAAGCUUAUAAUGCAAACUGUACGUGAUAAAAUGCUUCUGCACUGAAAUCUCCAUGGAUGCCUGUUCAAAUGGAAUGGCACCCCUGUGUAAAGGGCAGAGCAGAUCAAAGAGUGCACACCUGAGAUUAACAUUGCUAUUGCUGGUUCCAUUUCCCAUCUACUUCUCAUCAGUGUUGUGCUCUAUACUUACCGUAUGCCAGCACUGGUGUCUGCUCUCCACAGGUGUUUACUGUUAGCCUGGGCAUCAUUAACAUGACCAAUUCACAUCAGUCACCAUCUCCUCUAAUGCCUGGAUCUAUGGGGCCUCUAUCCUCCCACCUCAAGGGGUUUAGGAGACCUCGAGUGAUCAGCCACUGUGGAGCAGGAGGAGAUCCAUAACAGACAGGAAAUACUGCAGUCACCAUGACAACCAUGGGGAAGCAGCCUCAGCAUCACAGCAUGGGCAGCAGUUCUGUGGGGCUGUAUGAAUCAAAGCUGGCUGCUGGGCUCAGAGUUAUCAGGACUGUGGGGUGUUUGAUAUGAAGACUUUGCCCCACACACACACAUACACACACACAGUGCACGUGUGCACACACACACACACAGAGGACUGAUUCAAACGUGCACACACACAGUCACAGUCCAAAUGCAGAGAGGCCCAGUUUUAUUUCAGAUAAAACGACUGUACAGAAGAUGCAACUCUAAUCUCACUAUAAAUGUGUGCACACUUAGGGCAGUGGAAUUGGUGCUUUAGAUCAGAUUUCAUCAGAGAGGUGUGAAAGUCAUAAAACCUAUAAUACCCCCUUUCCAAGCUUUGAGGACAUAACCAGAAAGGGGUGAAUACUGACGAUCCCUUAACUGCCCAAGUCAAGAGGUGAUUACAAAAAUGUUUUAAAAGAGCAAUCCUUUCUCAUCUGCCUUCAAUUCAUCAUUUCAUUUAUUUUCUGUACACAGAUUUAAAUAUAUAUAUAUAUAUUUUUAAUUAUGCUUUUAUGUGACCCAGUGUGAAUCAUGCACAGUAAGGACAUUUACUCAAUGCUCUGAUGUGUAUUUUAUUUUACAGUUUAAUACCUCAAGCUACAGUAUGUGAAUUUCUUGGCACUUGGUUGUGUAACAUGCAGCAUAAGUCUAAAUUUAAAUGGCUAGAAAUGGAUUCCAUCACACUUCCCAGACUGAGCAAUCUGCAUUUAACUAAGCUAAGUUCUUUAGCUGUUCUUUAUAGAGACAACUGGCAGAGCAGUGCUAGAGCUGUCAGAGGCAUUUUAACUGGUCCUGCAGUUCCAUGUCAGUGUUGUUCGUGCACAGAUGGUCUGACCAUAACUGACACGUGUCCCACCUCCUGUCAUGUCUCCGGCUAAAACACUACUAGAGUCACCCUGCUACAAAUUUACUGUUACCAUAACAACAAGUGGAUAAAAAUACUUGGUGGUAGAGGCAUGGAGCCAACCUGUCACAGUAGUAAUAAUUACACAAAUUACAGAGAAUGCAGUAUGUCUGAAGAUGCAUACAUACGAUAGAGUGGUCAAUUAUUUCUCCUUAAAAUAGACACCAAGAAAGUAAAGGUAUUUAUUUUAUACUUUAAUUAAUGUUUAUGGACGUCAGUCCUGGUUCCUAAACAGUGGUAGACCUAUUGAAUUAGUCAUGUAGAUAUUCCUCUCCUUUGUUUGCAAGAAGAGAUCAAUGGCAGAGGGGAGUGGGCCUCCCAGUUAAACACGUUUGCAGGCUCGGGCUCCGUGCUUGUAUUUGGUGCGGCCGUGUGAGAGGGAUUAGCAGGCUUUGGCAUGUCAUGUUGGUCUUAAUGGUUUAUUUAUCAUUGGUACAAUUUCAGAGAAAAGCCAUCCGUGAUUACAGCACCAUGUGUCAAUGUGAACAUGAGCUUACAGACAAAACCCACAAAUUACUAGUAGAUAAGCAAACAGCAAAGACCUGACAUUGACAACAGGGAGAAUUAGAUUUUAAUCUAAGGUGCAGUCGAUGGUUUGCAAUUGCUGUAUUGGCUAGGUCCUGAAGCAAUAGCAGAAAAAGCCAGUGAAGGUGAUAACACACAUCAGAUGCCAGGGGCCCAAACACACAGCACUGCAGGCAUGCCAUAUAACACAUUCGCUGUAAUUCACCAUCACACUCGAGGGUGCAUUUCAUUUUUCACACCAACUUUUUUUAUAUCACACUUCAACAAGAAGGAACGGCUUCUCACAUAUAACUCCUACAGACUGAGAAAUACUCCAGAUGGCCACAUAUUUCAUUCCUCUGGUGUCAUCAUUUUCCAAUUUAUUUUAUAAAGACAACAGAAUUCUACUAAAAGGCGCAGGGAUUGAUUUGUUGAUAGCCUGCAAGAGGAAGCUCAUAGUGUUCAAUCCUCGUCCUCACAGCACAACACAAAAAAGACAAGACAAACUUUCUGAGCUACAUCUCAGGUGCAAAUAUUAUUGGUUGAAUCAUCAUUGUUGGAAAAAACAUUAAGCACAAUGCAUCUGCAUUUCGGAAUACAGUAUUCACGUUGGAAUACUCUCCUAGUGUGCAGUGCUACCUAGGCUAAAGAACACUAUAAAUACUGCAGUGUGCAAAGCUAACGGGGUGGCACUGAUUGGAUCAGUGGUUAUAUAGUUUUUGUUGAUUGGCACAGGUGUUGAAGGGUCAUUGCUGAUUGGCUUAGUGGUUUAAGAAUCUUCAGUAACUGGAUAGAACAUGUGUAGUUAAUGUGUAGAUGCUGUUAUGGUUUUAGAGCCUGUGCAGUGUCUGGUCGCCUCAGUCAUUCUGGAUGGUGUAGCAGGUGCAGUCUCAGCUCAAUCAGAGAUCACCCUGUGUAGUCCAGGUUUAGCCUUUAAACCUUGCUCCUGUGUCCCAUCGUUACUGUGUGCUCAAGCCUUCAGAAGCUCCUGCUGUUUCUCCUGGAAGCACCACACUCACAUGGGAGGAUUCCCAGCAUUUCUGAGGUAUGGAUCCCAUCAAACACCCAGCUUGUGUUUGGACUUAGACACUAUUGUGACAGCACCCUGAGCAGUAUUUUACAAACUAAUUAUCCCUGGUCUAGGACUAAGUGACACGUUUGGACAAGAUGAGAAGUAGUUUAGCCUUGGGUCAGAGCUCAGUAAGGUUCUAUGUUAUGUACAUACACAUUUUAUUCAGUGUUUGUAAUGUGUGAGCAGAAGAGUCAAAAACAACAGAGCUGCUGAUAUUUUGAGGGGUAAUUUAUUAUUUUUUCAGGUUAUUUCGUUGGCGAGUAUGCAGCCAACAAAAUCAUUUAUCCUACAUUACUUACUAAAUCUCUGCAGCCGUCUAAUGCUUUCAUUACACUCCUUUCUUCCUGAUAUCCUUCUCCUGAGCAUGCAAGAAGAGACGGUCUCAGACACCGAACAGUGCAUACUGAACACACACACAGCAUAUACUCAGUCAGAACACACUCUGCACUAUGGCUGCCAGUUUUAGAAUUUGUCAAAACUGGACACCAUGCAUGCUCACAUGCACACUUUGGCAAAGUCUGCAUUCGCUGACUGGGGGGCAGCUUAAAACUGGAUCGCGAAGCAUGGAGGGCUGUCAGAACCAGUGGCAGACUGGGCCUGGGGGGAUGGUUUGGGGGAGGGGAGGAGAGGAAAAAAGUGUAACAGUAGAUCAUUACAAACUAGCGAUUAAAUUUCAAUUAAUUAUUCAGUUGGUUCACCACAUCAGGACAUUUAUAUUGUCUGGUCGGGACCACAAACUGGGCCAGUAUAAAUAAUUUGAAAACCGGACAUUCCAGUCCAAAACCAGGUAUCUGGCAACCCUACUCAGCCCACAUUCUGCACACACCCAACACACACUCAGUGUACACCCAACACACACUCAGUAUACACCCAACACGGACUCAGUGUACACCCAACACACACUCAGUGUACACCCAACACACACUCAGCACACACUCGGUAUACCUUCAGCACAUCCUCAGCACCCACUCAGCGCACACUGAACCUCACUAAAUGCACACUCAGCAUACACUGAGCACGUACUCAGUACACAUUCAGCAUACUGAUGUCAGGGUGUUGGGGGCUGGUGCCAGGCCCAGAUUGAUACAGCGUGUUAUAGAAGCAGUCACCGGCAGUUAAUCACACACUGAAGGAGCAAUAAGAUGGAAUAUUAUAUUUAUCAUAUUCCUGUAUCAGCUGAGACAGAAAUACAGAACUGAGAUAAAUCAUGACUGUCAUGUCCCAGGUUAUAGUUCCACCUGGAAGGAUUUAUCUAGAGUUUAGAGCCAUGUGCUGGGACCCUCAUACUGUGACUGAUGGCUGUACAAAUACAGUGUGAGCCAUGCAUUCACGUGUGCAAUGUACAUAUAUUAUAUGCAGUGUGCAAGCAUGUAUACAGUACACGAAUAACAUAUAAUUCUCUUGUAUCGAUAUAUCUUAUAAUUUAACUCAGGAAUUUGCAGAGACAUUUGCAGAAGACAAUUCAUAUAUAUUGCUUUAUAUUGUACAUUAUGCUUGUCCUGUUUUGCUAGUAAUUGUUUUAAAUUUGUGUUUCUUCAGGACAUGGUCAGCCAUCUGUUGGAAUAUUAGCCUAAGGUUCCCUUUAGUUUCUCAUUAUAAUUCUGUGCAGCACAGAUCAGCAGAUUUUACUUCCAAGCCCUGCGUUCUUAUUCAUUUUAUCCUCUAACUGCACUUUGCUCUGCUCUUGAUUCUGCCAAAGCAGUGGACUGUUUGUAUUCAAAGUGUGGGGUUCAACUGCAAGAUUAAACUCCCAUUGCAAAUUACAGUGUUACUUCAUAACCUCCACAUCUCCCAUGCGUCCUUAAAAUUAAAGAGAAUUACAAUGCAUUAAGCCAACAUUAUACUUACAAUCCUAAAAAUGUUGUCUUUAAUUGAUGGAUAAAAAUUUCUAAAUGUCUUUAAUUACAAUUUUCUUUAUAGAAGCUAUGUGUGUUUAUUCAGGACAUGACUGACACUCCUGCAAUCUCCCCCCCCCCAUCUUUUUUUCUUUCUGACUUUGGAUUUGCCUUUGAAUAAUGUUGUAGUCAUAGAUAUAUAAAGGUAUGUCAUCUGUGUUGUGGUACUUUCUUUAAUUACAAUACAAAUAGUUCUUUGUUUGUUUCAUAUUAAACUUAUUGAUUAUUAA